UUUUUUUUUUUUUUGUCUUUUAUUAUUAUUGUUACUAUGGAAUGCUCUGAUCCUUUUUAUAUGAUGAUGUUUGAUCAUUUAGAUGUACCAUCUUAUUCCGAUCUACAUAAGAAUCCUUUAAAUUCUACUAUUCCUACUUCAAGUACUGAUUCGUUAUACCAAGGUAUGCUGUCACCAACUAUAUAUUAUCAACCAGUUACCUAUGAAUCAUCUAGUAUUCAUGAUACAUCAUCUUAUUCUCAUCAAGAAAUCAUAUCUGGAUUUCCUUCUCCUACCAACAGUAUUAUUGAAACUGAUCAACAACAACAUCCUUCACCAUUAUUGAUACCUCAUACAGUAAAAUCUCAUCAUCAUUUUCAACAUCAACACUAUCAACAUUAUCAACAGCAACAAUAUCAAACUAAUAAUCUAUUGCCAAUCAUGAACGAUAAACAAGAUACUCAAGAUUAUCAUUCACAGUCUACUCUCACUACAAUGGAUACAACAUCAAAUAAAAAGAAACCACUAGGCAAAAAACAAAAGAGAAUCAGCGAAUUGCCAUAUGCUCCCAACCUAUUGAAUUUACAAUUAACAUCUUAUCAUCAGAAUAACAAUACUUAUAACAAAAGACAUCAAAAAAAUCAACUAUCUUCAUCAUCAAUAUCGUCAAUAUCAUCAUCAUCUACAACAACAUCAGCAAAAUCACCAUCAACACCAUCGUUAUCAUCAUCGCCAUCAUCACCAUCAUCAUCCACAUCUUCCACUACAAGUAAUCACAAACAACCUAGUGCUUAUCGUUGCGAUUAUCCUAAUUGUGAUAAAACAUUUACAAGGCCUUAUAAUUUGAAAUCACAUCGUAGAACUCACACAGCUGAACGCCCCUUCACUUGUCCACUAUGUCCGAAAUCAUUCGCGCGACAACAUGACCGAAAUCGACAUGCGAAAUUACACCUGGGAAUCAAACCAUAUACUUGUCAAUUCUGUACUAAAUCUUUUGCAAGACAAGAUGCCUUGAACCGUCACCAACGUAAUGAUUCUCAAUCCACACCAUCAUGUACUCGUUCUACUGGUUGUCGAAAGAAAAAGAAAUCAAUGCCUUCUUCUAGUAUGUUAUUUUCUUCUUCUUUAUGAUAGUAUCUUCCUCCUCCCUCCUUAUUACCUUUCCCCUUUUUUCCUUCUUUUUUUUAUUUUCAUUGUAUUCUUGAUGAAUAGAAUGGAUCUCAUGUCUUUUUUAUUAUUAUUAUUAUUUCCCUAGUUUUAUGAAACAUAUCAUUCCCUCCCUUUCUCAUCUUGUCCUCGUAUACAUCAUCUUUUAUAUAUAUUCUCUUUUUUUUUUAUUCCUUCUUGUCGUUUAUUAUCAUCAUUAUUGAAUAAACUUUCUUUUUUACUCACUAUAAA